CAGAACACACUAAGUUUAUACAAGUCAAACAGGUAUGCAAUAGCAGUUUGGAAAGUGUCAGUGAAACAUGCCGUCUUCGCUUCCUGUGAUGUUUAUAUUUAUCUUUACCACAGCCUGUAUGAGGCUUGCAACUAGCGAGUAUUAUAGUUUUCCUCCAAAUUUUAUAUUGGGGGCCUCAACUUCCUCUUAUCAAAUAGAGGGCGCUUGGAACAUAUCUGAUAAAGCUGAAAGCAUUUGGGAUCGAUUUGUGCAUGAUAAUAGUGGUCGUAUUGCUAAUAAUGAAACUGGUGACAUUGCAUGCGAUUCUUAUCAUAAAUAUAAGGAAGAUGUUGCUAUCUUAAAAGAACUUGGUUUCGACUCAUACCGUUUCUCCGUAAGCUGGAGUCGCAUCCUUCCAGAGGGUUUUGCGCACUAUGUUAGUCAAGAUGGUCUCAACUACUACAAUAAACUGCUGGAUGAACUUUUGGCCAAUAACAUUAAGCCACUAGUUACUAUCUACCAUUGGGAUCACCCCCAAUUAAUUGAGGACCUCGGGGGUUGGAGGAAUGAUCGAAUGGUCGAGUGGUUUGCUGAUUAUGCAAGGAUAGUUUUUAGAGAACUUGGACCAAAAAUUAAAUAUUUUGUAACCAUUAAUGAACCCAGUAUUCUGGCCACUUCUGGGUAUGGAAAUGGAACAAAGGCCCCUGGAAUACAAGAUAGUGGAAGGGGAGAGUACCUAGCUACUCAUAAUAUGCUUAAAGCUCAUGCUAGAGCUUAUCAUAUUUACCAGAAUGAAUUUAAAUCUACUCAAAAUGCCGUUAUUGGUAUUGUUGAUGUCUGUCAGCAUUCUUACACCAAAGAUGCCAAUGACAACACCUCCUCAGAAGUGGGAUUUGAGUUUAACUGUGGGUGGACGUUUCAUCCAAUAUUUUCUAAAGAGGGAGAUUAUCCCAAAAUUUUUAAAGAACAGAUUGCAGAAAAGAGUAAACUUCAAGGCUAUCCACGAUCACGUCUUCCUAAUUUCUCCCAAGAAUGGAUAACGUAUAUUAGGGGGUCUGCAGACUUCCUUGGUCUUAACCACUAUACCGCACAUGUUGUUCAACCCGGAAGUAAUGCCCAAGUUCCCUCUUAUGAGGACGAUCAGAAUCUCGUAGUAUCAUUUCGUCCAGAGUGGAAAGCAACCUCUGUAUCAAUAUUCAAAAUUGUACCGAUAGGCUUUGGUGAUACUUUAAGGGAACUAGCGGAAGCGUACAAUAAUCCAGUAAUAUAUGUCACUGAAAAUGGAGUGGCGCCAAAUGAAGGAUUAAAGGAUCCAACUAGAAUUCAAUUCUUCCAUGAUUACGUAAGAGAACUUCUACUAGCUAUUAACCGAGAUGGAGUCAACGUCAAGGGUUACCACAUUUGGUCCCUCCUCGACAGUUUCGAAUGGACACAUGGCUACGGAGUAAAGUUUGGUAUCAUUGAGGUUGAUUUCAACGAUCCGAUGAGAAAGAGAACCAAAAAAGAUUCAGCUAGCUGGUGGAAACGCGUUCUCAGUAGUCGCCGAUUGCAGCCAGUGGAUUGUGAUUAAAAUUAAGCUCCUGCUAAUUUAAUGAAUCCGUAUUGCAAUUUAAUGUAGACUUGACUUUGUUUUAUAUAAAUGGCUCUUCCCCUAGAAAAGAGGAUUUUUUAUCUGAAUUUUAUUCAUUAUUCAGACAACUCGGAAUGAAGAAUGUACAUUUUUUAAGUGAGGCUGUCAUAACCGGUACUCGUAUAUGAACCUUUAAAAAUAAUAUUUUUAUCUGCCUACAUUUUUUAACACUUGUUUUAAUUAUGCUUAUAUCUUCUCUUGAAUAAAAAUUUCGUUAACGUAA